AUGAAGGCCUAUCUCAAAGCCUACGACCUGUGGGAAAUCGCUGAGACAGGGAUGGAACCACCUCCACUUAGAGUCAAUCCAACCAUAGCUCAACUCAAGCAACAUAGUGAGGAAGCUGCAAAAAAGUUCAAGGCACUCUCCUGCAUUCAAUCUGUCGUGUCUGAUGCAAUUUUCACUAGGAUAAUCACCUGUGAAAUGGCUAAGAAAGCUUGGGACAGGCUGCAAGAGGAGUUCAGGGGAAAUGCUAGGACUAGACAAAUGCAAGUUCUAAACUUGAGGAGAGAAUAUGAAAGUUUGAAGAUGAAGGAGGCAAAAACUGUGAAGGAAUUUUCUGAUCGACUGAUGAAGGUUGUUAACAAAAUCAGGUUGUUGGGGGAUGAUUUACCAGAUAGAAGAAUUGUUGAAAAGGUCUUGAUAAGUCUACCAGAAAAGUUUGAGGCUAAGAUAUCAUCACUUGAGGAUUCAAGAGAUCUUUCUACCAUCACCUUGUCUAAGCUAGUUAAUGCACUUCAUGCCACUGAACAAAGAAGGCUGUUAAGGCAAGAAGAGCAGGUUGAAGGGGCUUUGUUUGCUAAGGGGAAGUACAAAGCACCAGCAAACUCUGGGGUGAAGAAACCAGGACCAGAAAGAAAAAAGGGAGAAGGCAGUAAGUUUGUUGAGAAGACCAUGUGCAAGACUCAAAAAGAAAGGCAAGAAAAGCAGCAGGCUCAGUUGGCAGAUGACCAGCUUCAACCUCAGGAGGAGCACCUUUUUACAGCCAACAAUUUCCUAGCCUGUAGCAAUGAUAAAACAUGA